AUGUCGAUAUCGAGACCGCAGCUUUCGCUGUGGGAGAAGAGGGACUUGGUCUUUCGUUUGCUAUUCCGUGCUCCGAUACAAUUGGCGUGGAACUUCUUCUAUGGCAUCCCGUUCGCUAUCGCGAGAGGCGUUUCGAUCCGCUUCUUUGCCUUCUGCGCCUAUUACCGAUUCGCCUUGGGGUCGAUGAGAGCACGCGAGAUUCAAUUCCUCAUCCCUCCUUCAAUCAAGACGUACGAGAAAUGGAUCGCGAAAAAGCAGAAGCGUCAUCCAGAGCUCGGGGACAAGCUGCAGAAGAAAAUCGAGACCCUCCCUGCUAAUGACGGCUCGAUCUUGUGGAUCGGCAAUCGCCAAAAGGCCACAAAGUUUGUCCUGUUCUUCCACGGCGGUGGAUACGUGGUGCCCCUUCUACCUGGACACCUCGACUGGUGCUGGAACGCGUAUGUCACCGGCGGUCCUGGAGCUCACGCAGAGGUUGCCGUUGCUGUCUUGCAGUACACCCUCGUCCCCGAAGCUCGGUAUCCCACGCAACUCCGUCAGGCGAUCGCGGCGCUCAACCAGCUGAUUCUCUCUGGCAUCAAACCCAACGACCUCCUCAUCGGCGGCGACUCGGCCGGAGGCAACCUGGCGUGCUCCGUCGUUCGCCACAUCUGCCACCCAUGCCACCUCGAGAUCCCAGCCCUGCGCUUGGAGAACCGCCUCGCAGGUGUGUUCCUCGUGUCACCCUGGCUCAGCAGCAAGACGACAACGCCCGCGUUCACGGAAAACAACUACGUCGACAUGCUUACUACGACGUGUAUGUCCCGCGCCACAGCCGAGCUCCUCCACCCGCGGUUCCCCGUGCGAAACAAGUCCGACGAGAGCGACCUCGCCAUGGCGAUGCCGAUGGACGGCGACAUGGCGUGGGUGGAUGAGAUCUCCGCAGCGACUAAGAGCCUGUACGUCACUGGAGGUCAGCAGGAAGCUUUCAGAGAUGACAUUCGAGCGUUCUCGGAGCACGUCAGCUGUGGAAAUAACGAUCUGGAUCUUCUAGUCGAAUUGCCGGAACGCGAGGCUCAUGAUUUCAUCUUGCUUGAAGGUCAGACGGGUCGGGUGGGCGAUGCGACGGUGAGGAUGAGAAAUUGGGCUAGUUCACAGUUGGGCACCGGGCGCGCGUCAGUGUAA